GUUUACAUUCAUGCUUCCGACAUGGCGGCGGGAGAAGCUAACCAAAGUCAGGGCGGAGAAAUUUCGUCGAGACAACCGCAUUUAGCCAAGCAAGAUGUCGCCAAUUUGGAUGUGACCAAACUCAACGCCCUCACACCGGAGGUCAUCAGUAGACAGGCUACCAUCAACAUAGGAACCAUUGGCCAUGUGGCUCACGGCAAGUCUACUGUAGUGAAGGCCAUCUCAGGAGUACAGACUGUGCGGUUCAAGAAUGAGUUAGAGAGAAACAUCACCAUCAAGUUAGGAUAUGCCAACGCAAAGGUGUAUAAAUGUGACGGAGCGACCUGCCCCCGCCCUGACUGUUACCGCUCCUGUGGCAGUUCUAAGGAGGAUGUCUUCCCCUGUGACAGGAUGGGCUGUAGUGGCAAGUUCUGCCUGCAGAGGCAUGUUUCGUUUGUGGACUGCCCCGGGCACGACAUCCUGAUGGCGACCAUGUUGAACGGCGCUGCUGUGAUGGACGCGGCUCUGCUGUUGAUCGCAGGGAACGAGUCGUGCCCCCAGCCUCAGACAUCCGAACAUCUCGCAGCUAUUGAGAUCAUGAAGCUGAAGCACAUCCUGAUCCUACAGAACAAGAUUGACCUGGUGAAGGAGAGUCAGGCCAAGGAGCAGUACGAACAGAUCCUCAAGUUUGUACAAGGCACUGUGGCAGAGGGUGCCCCGGUGAUCCCGAUCUCAGCCCAGCUGAAGUAUAACAUCGAGGUGAUCUGUGAAUACAUCUGUAAGAAGAUCCCCAUUCCUGUCCGAGACUUCACCUCACAGCCACGACUCAUCGUGAUCCGGUCCUUCGAUGUGAACAAGCCUGGCUGUGAGGUGGAGGAUCUGAAGGGGGGAGUGGCAGGAGGAAGUAUUCUCAAGGGGGUUCUCAAGGUUGGGCAGGAGAUUGAGGUGCGUCCUGGGAUUGUGUCGAAGGACCACGAGGGGAAGUUGAUGUGUAAGCCCAUCUUCUCCCGCAUCGUCUCCCUGUUCGCUGAGCAGAACGACCUGCAGUUUGCCGUGCCUGGAGGGCUGAUAGGAGUGGGCACUAAGAUCGACCCGACGCUGUGCCGUGCUGACCGGAUGGUGGGGCACGUGCUGGGCGAAGUCGGCGCUCUCCCCGACAUCUACACAGAAAUAGAAAUCUCCUACUUCCUGCUGAGGCGUCUGCUCGGCGUACGGACGGAGGGAGACAAGAAGGGCGCAAAGGUCCAGAAGCUGUCAAAGAACGAGGUUCUGAUGGUGAACAUCGGGUCCUUGUCUACGGGAGGCAGAGUUCUCGCAGUCAAGGCUGAUUUAGCCAAAAUAGUCCUAACCAAUCCUGUGUGUACAGAGAUUGGGGAGAAAAUCGCCUUGAGUAGAAGGGUGGAGAAACAUUGGAGGUUGAUUGGUUGGGGCCAGAUUAGAAGAGGAGUGACCAUCAAGCCGACCACACAGGAGGACUGACAGCUGUCAAUCAAUCAGUAUCCAUAGCAACCGUACAGCCAUACCAAUACAAUUGCUUGGUUCUGAUAUUUUUGCAUCAAAAAUUGAAAUUGAAAAAUGCAGAAAGUGGAAAGGCAUAUAGAAAUUUUGUUUGAAAUUAUAGUUGGAUCAUGCAAAUGUAAAUUUUAACUUUUUCAAGAUAAAGAUGAUAUGAAAGGGGGGCCAUUUUCAUCCUGUGGUACAGAAUCAAGUGAGCGUCUAAAAUGUUGUAUGUUCAGUACAUUUGGCACAGAUGGUACAUGUAAAUAAAUAAGAGCCAAGUGAUUAGAUUGGUAUGGCUACAUACACAAUGUAGGAUAAACAAAACAUGCUUUUUGUAAUGACUGGUAAAUAUAACAUGCACUCAGUAACAGCUGUGUACUGUCUUACUCAAGACGAGAACGCCUGUCUAAACUUAUUUUUGUGAUGUUAGCUCUACUGUCAUACUACAAUGUAAUACAUACAUGAAACAGUUACACCUACCUUGUGGAUGCCUGUUACAUGGUUUAACAAGAGCAUUAUUAAGUUCUAUCUACAUUGUACACUUGCCCCUGUAACUCUUUGUACAUGGACGUGUGUCUUGAUUUACAUGAAUAGAACUGACUAUGACAUUUUGGAUUGCUUUGCUGUACUGUCCCCCUUUACGAGUCCGAAUAUGUAAAACACAGCGAAUUAUCUGUUUCCCUUCCUGUGCUGAAAUCAAAUUUGUGGAACUUAAAUCAGUGUAGCCUUUUGCAACAAAAUUUGGGUUAUUUAGAUAUCUGUCUCUUUCACUUACUAAGAUACUGUAGUAACUGUAUCCACAAGAAUUCUCAUUUUGUCGUGUCAUUUAUUCAGUUCUACAUAUUGGAACACCGAGUCUCAAGCUAUAUCCUGAUUGAUUUAACUUUGUUAUAACAAUUUGUUUGACUACCUAUCCCUGUUACAUAUAUCUCAAUAAAUGUAUACCCUGUAUGGGCCUUUUC